ACCAUGGCUCGUGAAUUUUACCUAACCAUAUUGCUGAACCACGUUAUUAGUGUUGUUUACAUCCCACAUCAACUUUGUUGGAUGUCAUUUAGUGCAGACACUUGAAUGAGGCCUGUGCCAAAUGUAGAUUUUAGAAUACGAUACGUUUUAGUCUGCCGUUUUAGACAACGUGAAUAAAAACACAUUGUUUCAACAUUCAGUUGGAUUUACAGUCAAUUGGUUACAGUGUAGCGAUCGUGCACAGUAGCCUACACCCUUCAAUCAACUGUCUCCCUCUAGCGCCACGGAUGUAGAUGUUUUUUCGCUAGGCUCGUUGGGUUGAGUUCCACUGCGUACCAUCGACAUCCACAGCACAGACUACACCGCAGCAGGUCUUUCCAGCGUUUCAGGUAUUUCCCCAGAACAGCCCUGCCAAGCCCCAGACAUGGUGUGUAUCCCGUGCAUCGUCAUCCCAGUGCUGCUGUGGAUCUACAAAAGGUUCCUGGAGCCCUUCCUCUACCCCAUCAUCUCCCCCGUCAUCAACCGCUGGUGGACCAAGAAGGCCGUCCAGGAGAGUGGCACUGGAGAUGUGAAGGCUAGUGAAAAGAGCAACGGAGCAUGCAAGACUGAGUGUAACGGAGAAGCUUCAAACGGGUCAGCGGCCUCGGUGGAUGAUAAAAAGAUCAACUGACGUUAUGCUCCGCAUUUUAGGAUGCACCUCGACUGUACAUAUUUAACAACAAUUCCAACUUGUAUCGUUAUUAUUAUUUUCUUCUAAUGAUUUCUGAAAUGUCAAAAGGUUUUAACGUCCAACAACAUGCUCUUAUAUGUCUUAAAUUAUAAAUUGUAUUUCCAAGCUGUCCCUAUCAUGCAUUGUCAUUAAAUAAUAGAUCUGUAUAAUAUAGAGACACUAUUUUAUAAGCCAGAAAUGUUCAGUAAAAUGUGUGAAUUUAAAUAAAAUAUUGUGAAUACUG